AUGAGGUUGUGUAUUGACUACCGGGAGCUGAACCAAGUUACCGUUAAGAACAAAUACCCUCUCCGAAGAAUAGACGACUUGUUUGACCAACUCCGUGGCGCAGGAGUGUUUUCCAAAGUUGACUUGAGGUCAGGAUACCAUCAGAUAAGGGUAGCAGACAAGGAUAUUCCUAAGACUGCGUUUCGGACUCGGUACGGUCACUACGAGUUUACAGUUAUGCCGUUUGGGAUGACUAAUGCCCCUGCAGUUUUUAUGGAUCUGAUGAACAGAGUGUUCAAACCCCACCUCGACGAUUUUGUGAUCGUGUUCAUCGGCGAUAUUUUGGUCUAUUCGAAAGAUAAGAGAGAGAAUGUUGGACAUCUUCAGACGGUACUUCAGAUCUUGAGGGAGAAGCAGUUGUAUGCCAAGUUCUCUAAGUGCGAGUUUUGGAAAGACAGUGUUACGUUUCUAGGCCACGUGAUUGAUAGUAGAGGGAUUUCUGUGGAUCCGGACAAGAUACGGGCAGUGAAGGAUUGGACUGCACCUUCAUCGGUGUCGGAAGUAAGAAGCUUUCUUGGUUUAGCAGGUUAUUAUUGA